AUGCCAUAUAAUGAAAGAACACCUCUUAUCAGCACGGAGCGGGCAAAUUAUCAAACCAGAUAUUAUAAUCCAUGUUGUUUCCUAUUAUGUUCAAUAGUUGUCAUUAUAAUUACGGGCGUGAUAUCGUCAAAUAAUAAUGCAGAUUUUGACCUGCCAACUGAUAUCUCUCAGAUUCCUCUUGGGUAUUCAUUUCGAUUGAAAAAUCGAUGGUCUACUGAAUAUCUGGUAGAAACACUUCCUGUAGAAUUCCAAGAUGUCCUCUCGAAUAAAGAAAUGAAUGAUGAUCAUGGAGUGAUGAUGAUAGCAAAAAUUGUUUCAAAAUUAUGGAGUAAGGGCAUAUACCAAAUUCAAGAGUUUCGAUACAAGCCCGACGGGAAUGUUACAAUGGUGUCAACCGUUUUCUCAAACUACGAAGAAUUUUGGUUAGACGAUGUCUUGAUCUCUUUUACGGAAAAGAAUAAUGAAAGUCUAAAGCCAUUGGAUCUCAGGACUUGCGAUUACAGAAUCGGUUGGUUCUGGUUGUCUGAUGGAUAUAUUAGCCGUAAAUGUUCAAGAGCAAAUGAAGAGAAGUUUUAUAAAGUAGCAUACUUCAGAAGAAAUUCGUUAGACGGGUUAGAUUUUUUCUCUAUGAAUCAUACGAUAGAAUAUGGGGAAGUGAGCAAAGUUGACCCGUGGUUGGAUAGAAGAGAUGUUAUCGUUGAUCAAAGCGCACCAUAUCCACCGAUUCUUCCUGCAAUUUGCUCGAUAUAUUACGAUUCAUAUGAGAAUAGUAAGAAUGGAUGGAAUUCGAUUUAUAACGAGAAUGAAAGCUUGAACUCUAGACAUGGCGACGACAAUCAGGAAUAG